AUGACUUACCUCACAUACGUUGGUGACAUCGCUCUAACCCGACUCCAGGAAACCGACGAAAAAGUGUUUCCAGGUUUCGGCAACGAGCAGGACAAUAGCGGUAUCGUAGAAACAAGAGCUUUCACCAACCAAAAUGCUGCGCACAACAUUCGAUACGACCAUUCCCCCAAAGGCCACGGAACGAAAGUAGCGUCCAAAAUCGUUGGGCAGUGGGGAACCGCAAAGGGAGCGACACUGGUGCCGGUGCAGGUCAAACCGGGCGGAGACGAUAUUGACAACGGGUUCGAAAGGAUUUUUGCAGAUGUAAGCAGGCGGCGCAGGAAAAUACCAGGGUUCCAAGCUGUUGUCGUUAUGAGCAGCGGCACGGAACGCGCCGUCGCAGACAAUGGCCACAAGGGCUACACACGAGAAGAAGCAGAGAACGAUUACAGAGCAAAGCGACAGAUUCUCUGGAUAAAGCAGUUAUUCAGUUACGGGGUCCCCGUGGUGCUCGCUUCUGGUAAUGAAGCCGAAACUGAAGGCCGAAAAGUCAUCGACAAUUUCCCCCAGGUCUUGGAGACAGAUGACUUUCCCAUUAUCAACGUCGGAGCUGCCACGCUUGCAGGCAAAGCUGCACGUUUCUCGCAAGGCCUGGGUACCCAGCAAGAUCCAGAGAAGCGCACACAGCUGACCAUCUACGGUGUUGGAGUGGAUGUCGACGUCCACGAUCAAUAUGACGGUGCAGCAACGCAGGAUUCGGGUACGUCGUUCGUUGCACCGGCGGUGGCAGGCAUUAUUGCUACACACAUGAACUACGAAUCCUGGGACCAGAGCAAGCAAGGACCCGACCGAGUGAAAGAAAUCAAGAGAUGGAUAACCACGCCUGAGUCGAGCUGGGAGCGUGCCAAAGAUCCCGACAAGCAAGUCAACAUGAUCUGGAACGGCGCCGACAAAGCGGCCCACGGCAGCGUCUCCAACAACCACGUCAUCUCUAACCCCGACUUCCCCCCACAUGACAGCUGCGAUUUCAAAUACGAAAACCGAUACUUCUUCUACCGCCUCGACGACAACAACCAGGAACCCGACAGCCUGUGCACCUCUCUACUCAACGACUUUCACCAAGACGACCAAGGCGUAACGACCGACGAGAACCUCUUCGAGCAUCCGACGUGGCCGGCGGGAGAGUGGACCCUGAAUCUCUUCGGCGAGGAAUAUGUCUAUAGGAAUGAUGGGCAGAGUCCGGGGGCGCUGUUUAAGGGCGAGCAGCAGAUUGGUUGCACGGGUGAUCUGGAAAAUCAUGAUCCUCUGUCGGAUGAGUUGUGUGAGAACAGUCUGACCAAGGAAGAUGGGAGGAAGAGGAAACGGAGACGGCUGGUUGGUUGCACUUGGUGA